GGAAGUGGGUGGGGAUUUUCACCUGCUCUGCCCUCCGCCGCCUCCAAAGUUCCAAUGAAGCCCUGGGCCCUGGCGCAUCCGGGAGUCCCUCCUCUGCCUGGUGACCUGGUCUGACUCCCGCCUGCCCCCGGGGCCUCCCAAACUCGAGCCAUCCUUCUGUGACCUCAUUCUCUGCCCCGGGUGCCCCGUGCCACUCUGUGACUCCAUCAGGGUAAUACCCGCUUCGGCUACCACGCGUCAGACGUGGGGAGCCGCCUCGCAGAUCAAGCUGGGGGAGUGGUUGAGGGCUGAGCUCUGCGCCGACCGUCGCCGCACCUGACCGUGGCGCGCCUGCUUCCCCGCGCACCGGCGGACGGGCCUCGGGCUCCUUUCCCCCCCCCCCCCACCCCACCCCACCCCCUCGAGAGGUGUCCGAGAUCGGCUUCCCGGACGCCCCCGCCGCCGCGCCUGGAGCGUCCCCGCGGCCCGGCUCGGCGGCCGAUGGCCAGCAGGACCGCAGCGGGGGCCCGGCUGCCGGAGCGGCCGGGGCCGAGGCGGCGCGCCGGGAGCCCGCGGGCGCAGGGGAGGCACCUGCUCCGCAGCUUGCCGGCGGCGCAGACCCUGGCCAGGGUCAUCCGGCCUUGCUACGGCCCCCAGGGCCGGCAGAAGCUCCUGGUGACCGCCAGAGGAACCACCGUGCUGACGGGCUACGCCGCGGCCAUCCUGCGCGCGCUGGAGCUGGAGCACCCCGCGGCGCGGCUCCUGCGCGAGGCGACCCACACGCAGGCGGAGAGCAGCGGCGACGGCGCGGCCUUCGUGGUCCUGCUGGCGGAAGCGCUGCUCCUGCAGGCCGAGCACCUGCUGCGCGCCGGCCUGCCCCGCUCCCAGCUGCGCGAGGCCUACGCCGCGGCCACCGCGGAGACCCUGGCCCUGCUGCCCUCCCUGGCCAUCCGCUCCCUGGGGCCUCUGGAGGAUCCGUUUGGGGCCCUCUACUCGGUGGUGAACACCCACGCCGUGUCCGGGGCCGACUGCUUGACCAAGCUGGUGGCCCAAGCGUGCUGGGCCACCAAGGAGCUGGACGGCGGCUUCCGACGCGAGCGCGUGGGCGUGUGCACCCUGCGAGGGGGGAGGCUGGAGGACUCGUGCCUGCUCCCGGGGCUGGCCUUGUGCGCCGAGCCCUGCGGGCAGGUGACCGCGGUGCCCGGCGGCGCCAGAGUGGCUCUCUUUGUUUGCGGCUUUGGUCUCGCCGGUCCAAAUGCACCGGCCACGGCCCGGCUCUCCGGUCCCGCUGACCUGGCCACGUUCAGGAAAGGAAGUGAGCGGUUGAUAGAAAAGCAGGUGGCCCAGCUGGCCAGCGCGUGCAUUAACGUGGCGGUGGCAUGGGGGGACAUCGAUGAGAAUGCCCUGACGCAGGCCGACAAGCACAACAUCAUGGUGAUUCGAGCCACGUCCCGGAGGGAUAUGGUUUACUUGAGUGAGGUGCUGGGCACACCUUUGAUGUGUCACCUGCUUUCUCCCCCGAAGCCAGGGAAGUGCCGGAGGGUCUACCAGCAGGAGCUGGGGGAAGGUUUGGCCGUGGUGUUUGAGUGGGAAUGUCCGGGCACCCCUGCCGUUACCUUGGUCCUCAGGGGGGCCACAGCCCAGGGGCUGCAGGGCGCGGAGCAGGCUGCCUACCGUGGCAUCGAUGCCUACUUCCAGCUGUGCCAGGAUCCCAGGCUGCUUCCGGGAGCUGGGGCCACAGAGAUGGCUCUGGCGAAAAUGCUCUCAGAAAAAGGAAGCAAACUGGAAGGGCCUAAUGGUCCUGCCUUCCUGGCAUUUGCACAGGCCCUUCGGUCUCUUCCUGAAACCCUGGCAGAGAACGCAGGCUUAGCCGUCUCCCAAGUGAUGGCAGAAAUGAACAGAGCUCACCAGGCUGGCAACUUCCUGGUAGGAGUGGGGGUCGAAGGGGUAAUAAAUGUGGCCCAGGAAGAGGUGUGGGACACCCUGACAGCCAAAGCCCGGGGACUCCGGGCCGUAGCUGAUGUGACACUGCAGCUCGUGAACGUAGACGAAAUUGUAGUGGCCAAGCAAAGCGCCACGUAUCAACAGGACUCGAAUCCUGUCCCCAAGAAGGCCAAGGAAUGCCUGUUUCCUGUAAAAGAUCAGCUCCUUGGAACGAUGGAGUAGUAACAUCCUCAAUAAAAUGGGGAUUGCCAAGGAAGGCACAGUCACCCCCGAAAUGGA